GUCUGAUGUUCGAUUUCAGGCUUCUACCUUAUGUAGCCUUGCCCUAUCAUGUGCUCCUUCCUGUUGGUUACACGACAUGCUCUGUCGUGCUUGCAUUUUCUCUUGGCAUCCGACGAUUGCAUUUAACCACCGAAUUCCCCUCACAAACCAACAUCCAUCUUCUCCUCUUCAUCUGUCCAUCAAAAUCAAGCUUCACAAUCAAUGUAUCGGAGAUAUUCCUCUCCAAGAGUUCACACAACACUUAUUCUCUCUGCAACCCACACUCGGCACUGCUCAAGCGUCAGUCAAGAUGGACACACCAGGCAAGGCUGAGACGCAAUUCACCGCAGCAACGUCUGGAGCUCAUGAUAAAUGGCCCUCGCCCUUACCGCAGACAUCAUCAUCUCUCUGCAGUCCUUCUGAAGUCUUUAGUCAGCCGCAAUCCGAGAUCAGCCAUGGUAGUGUGCAUGUGGAGAGCAGUCCAGAAGUUGAGCGGGUCUCAAGCAGACCCAAGGUUGACAGUGAUGAACUAGGAACGGCAUCUCAUGACGAAGCAGCGAUGCUGGAAAGUCUCAAGCGAAAUCCAGCUCUGUGUUCGUACUGCCGGAAGAUAUGCGAUAAUUGGCCGACUUCCACGAUAGUAAAGCAUGUUACCUUUGAGCAUCACAGUACAGAAAAAGAGCUCCAAGAAGCUGCAGAAGCCGGAUGCAAGAUAUGUGUUCAGCUUUCGGCACACAGACCUCUCAACAAAGUGCGCUACACAUUCUCAAAGAAAGGUGGUUGUUGGGGCUCAUGGUUGUUUUCAAGUUUACGCAUUCCAGCUUCUUCUGCAUUGACACCCUUACCAGGCAAAGCUCUUGUAAGUAUAUAUGAGGCAAGAAAGGGUAGAAGGGGCACAUCUUUCCGCAUUGAUGUCCACACACCGCUCGACAUGGAUUCGGAGAUAAAUUCAGAACCUCCGGCCCGUUACUAUCAUGAAAGAGUGCAAAUAUAUUUUCCGUAUAGAGGUGAGUUUCAGUAGUGCUAUGCUACCUACAGACUCAAGUCAAGAUCUUUAUGCUCCACCUGGGUAACUCACAUGAUCGCAGAGCCACAAACAGAAGCUGGUGUCUCAAUGAAUCUCACGCAAUCCACGCGCGAUGGUUUGGCUAUUUCCAAGUUUUGGCACGACAAUUGUGAGACCACACACCAAAAAUGCAACAGAUCGAUUCAUUCUACAUUCAAGCCAACAAGAAUUGUAGACUUGACAGCGACUAGGCCAUUAUUACGCACGUUCAAGGACGAAGAGUCCAUCUCGAAGUAUGCAACACUGGGCCAUUGUUGGGGUCUCAAUCACCAUCCUAUGUUAACAAGAGACAUGUUACUGUCUUACCACAAAGAAAUACCUGAUGCAGCUAUCUCUCAAACAAUCAAAGAUGCCAUGCAAAUCGCUCUGUAUCUCGGCUAUUAUUACAUCUGGAUCGACUCACUAUGCAUCAUUCAAGAUGACGAAGAGGAUUGGAAACGAGAGUCAGCUUCAAUGAAAAUGGUUUAUGGUAAUUCAGGAAUCAAUAUCUCAGCUGCUGGUGCAGUUGAUGGGACCAUUGGAUGCUUUUUCCCUCGAAACUCUAAUUGGCUUGACAAGAUUACUAUUGUUUCAGGGAAAAGAGAAGUACAGUACACAUCUCUUCCUUUGCGAUUUGAUGAAGGGCUUCUUGAUACUAUGCCAUUGAUGACAAGAGGGUGGGCGAUUCAAGAACGGAUUCUGGCCCGGCGUACCCUGCAUUUCGCACAGUCCCAACUGUUCUGGGAAUGCAGACACCUUCACGCUUGCGAGUCAAUACCUCACAGCUAUCACAAAAGAGGCCGAGUAACUCGGAUAAGCCUCAAUGGUGUAACAUCUGACUCCGUCGACUUGUGGAAGGGGAUUGUUCAGGACUAUUCGGAAUGUCGGUUAACGAAGAUCACUGACAAGCUCGUGGCUAUCUCCGGUCUUGCACAAGCUAUCCAAUGCCACGUUUCUGGUCGGUACGUAGCUGGACUAUGGACAAAUCGUAUCGAGAACCAACUCUGCUGGUAUGGAGUGGGUUUGUGUAAAGAAAGACCAGAUCGUUACACAGCACCGACUUGGUCGUGGGCUUCUAUUGAUGGCCCGAUCGAAUGGAGAUACAUAGACCGAAAGAGAGAUCCUACUCAUAUUAAAGUACAUGAUGUUCUUGUUGGUUGCAUUACGGAAGGAAACGCUUACGGAGCUGUCUUGAGCGGUAUAUUGUCUCUCCAUUGUGAGAAUCUACUACGUGUUGAGAUCCUCAGAAAAGGACUCAAAAGUCAUAAUUUCUGGAUUGUAAGCAUGGGCGACAGAGAGAUCGAAUGUGUAAUAUGUCCGGACACAAUCGAAGACGGAAUGACGGUUUGCAUAGGAACACUACUUUAUCUUGCGCCAGUGGGGGUGGUUAGUAACCAGUUUCAAGGGUUAAUUUUUGCUCCCACGGGCAUUGCCACAGGCCAAUAUCGGAGGAUUGGAUGGUUCCGCGUUACUCCUCCCCCUGACAAGUUUGGAAACAUGACUCCGCUGUUCUUGCCUGAAGGUUGCAAUUUCAACGAGGGCGUUUUCUCUAGGAUUACCACCGACGAAAGCGGAAAAGAGCUACGUAUCAUUGAUGUCGUUUAGUCUUGGGCUUGUAUUUGCAAGCGUGGCUUCAGCUCUAGCGGUAUAUGUGUAGACUUACAUUUGGAGCAAAGGUCUAUCUUGGAACGGGUACGUGAUUUCUGGGAUGGAAAGACUGGACUGCGUUGGGCUUCGAUUUUGAAUACUGGUAUUUGGGAUGGGACGAGGAUGAGAUCAAGGGCUAGAGGAAAUGGCCUGGGGUUUGAUUUGGGCUCAAGAAUAGUAUUAGAUGCAUGGACGAUUUCUUUUACUUUCACAGAUAAACUAAUUUUCAGACAUUUGAAU